AUGUUUCACGAUCUCGCCAAGUUCAUCGAUUUUUCUUUUCCCGCCAGGGAAAAUUGGUUUAAGACGUUAAACACCUUCUCUUUCUCUCUCUCUCUCUCUCUCUCUCUCUCUCUUUCUUUCUUUCUUUCUUUCUUUCUUUCAUGGAAAGCAUUUGCCCAAUUAAUAAAUCAUUUAGAAAAUCAUUUAAAAAGCGCUACUACGAGCGUCGAUCUACGUAUAUGUUCAUUCUCUCUCUCUCUCUCUCUCUCUCUCUCUCUCUCUCUCUCUAAGCCCCUCGGUUCCUUCCCCUAUACGUACCUCUCAUUUCCCUAUCUAUCUCUUUCUUUCUUUCUCUCUUUCUUUCUUUCUCGUCCUUUUCUCUUACUUUCUUUCGUUUUUCUCUUUGUCUUUCUUUUUCUUCUUUUCUUUCUCUUUCUUUCUCUUUUUCUCUUUCUUUCUCGUCCUUUUAUCUGCCUUUCUUUCUUUCUUUAUAUUUAUCUUUCUUUUCUCUUUCUUUCUACUUCUUAUUUUUCCUUUUUUCUUCCUUUCUUUCCUCUUAUUUCUCUUUCUUUCUUUCUCUAUUCUCUCCUUUUCUUUUCUUUCCUUUCUCUUUCUUUUCUCUUUCUUUCUCUUUCUUUCUUUUUCUUUUCUCUCCCAUCCUUUAUCUUCCUUUUCUUUCUCUUUUCUCUUUCUUUUCUCUUUCUUUCCUUUUCUUUCUCUUUCUUUUAUCUUUCUUUCUUUUUCCUUCAAUUUCUUUUCUCUUCCUUUAUUUCCUUUUCUUUCUUUUCUCUUUCUUUCUUUUUCUUUUCUCUUCCUUCUUUUCUCUUUCUUUCUCUUUUCUCUUCCUUUCUUUCCUUUUCUUUCUCUUUCUUUUCUCUUUCUUUCUCUUUUCUCUUCCUUUUUUCCCUUUCUUUCUCUUUCUUUCUCUUUCUUUCUUUUUAUUUUCUCUCCUUUCCUUUUCAUUCCUUUCUAUUUCUUUUUCUUUCUUUUUUUCUUUCUUUCUUUCUUUCUUUUUCUCUUUUCUACUUCUUUUCUUUUUUCUUAUUUUUCUUUCUUUUAUCACAGCCUGUUUUUAUCUCUGAACGGCUGAAUUAUUUCAGCAUUUCACAUCGACCGCGGUAA